CACCUCUCGGUCGGGGGCUCCUGGCCGCUCCCCGCGAUCCCGCCCGGGCCCCGCCUUUUUCGGGGGCUGGGCGAUGGGCGGAGAAGGGGACGGGCGGGUUAAAGGGAGGCCGGCCCGGGACCAGGCUACCUCUGCUCGCGCCGCGGUGUCCGCUCAGUCCCGCCACGGCGGAGGACGUGCCGCGAGCCCUCGUUGAGCGGGGAGGCCCAACACUGAGAGGUUUGGAAAAGCCUUUUGACCCAGGAAUCACCAAGAGCUGUUCCAAAAUAGAAGGACAUAAGAAAUUUAUUCAAACUAGCUUGGCCUGAGUAGGAAGUAAGAAGAGAGUUAUAGACGGGUUGCAUUGAGGAAUGAAGAGCUGCUGUGUGUAUCCACAAAUCUGAUUGACUUGCUCAGGGAGGCUAAAGCAUCUAUCUCCAGAAAUGUCUUUGGAGAGUAAAGAGCAAUAUGAUCUGUCACCCAAGAAUUCAGUUGAAGGAAAUCACCAACACAGUCCUCUGUCUGAUAUGCAUCCGGAGCUUGAAAAGGAAUCAAGUACCGACUUGAAGCAAUUUGAAGCCAGUGAUCAAUGCACACCUUAUCGUAGGAUCCAUAUGGAGCCUCAAGAGAAACCAAGUACUAACUUCAAGCAAUUUGUCACUAAAAAACUGCAGAAGAGUUGCCAGUGCAGUUCAGCCAAAGCCAAAAAUAUGAUUUUGGGUUUCCUUCCUGUUUUGCAAUGGCUCCCAAAAUAUGAUCUGAAGAAAAACAUUUUAGGGGAUGUGAUGUCUGGCCUGAUUGUGGGCAUCUUAUUAGUACCCCAGUCCAUUGCCUAUUCCCUCUUGGCUGGUCAAGAGCCUAUCUAUGGUCUGUACACGUCUUUUUUUGCCAGCAUCAUUUAUUUCCUGUCGGGCACCUCCCGUCACAUCUCUGUGGGCAUUUUUGGAAUCUUGUGCCUUAUGAUUGGUGAGGUAGUUGACCGAGAACUACACAAAGCUGGCUAUGACACUGCCGAAAACGCGCCUUCUACUUUAGGAAUGGUUUCAAAUGGGAGCACGUUAUUAAACCAGACAUCAGACUGGGUGUGUGACAGAAGUUGCUAUGCAAUUACUGUUGGCAGCACUGUGACCUUUAUGGCUGGAGUUUAUCAGGUAGCGAUGGGCUUCUUCCAAGUGGGCUUUGUUUCUGUCUACCUCUCAGAUGCCUUGCUGAGUGGAUUUGUCACUGGUGCCUCCUUCACUAUUCUUACAUCUCAGGCCAAGUAUCUCCUUGGGCUCAGCCUUCCUCGGAGUAAUGGUGUGGGCUCGCUCAUCACUACUUGGAUACAAAUCUUCAGAAACAUCCAUAAGACCAAUCUCUGUGAUCUCAUCACCAGCCUUUUGUGCCUUUUGGUUCUUUUGCCAACCAAAGAACUCAAUGAGCACUUCAAGUCCAAGCUUAAGGCACCGAUUCCUACUGAACUCAUUGUCGUCGUGGCAGCCACAUUAGCCUCUCAUUUUGGAAAACUAAAUGAGAAAUACAAUACCAGCAUUGCUGGGCCUAUUCCCACGGGGUUUAUGCCACCGAAAGCACCAGACUGGAAUCUAAUUCCUAGUUUGGCUGUAGAUGCAAUAGCUAUUUCGAUCAUUGGUUUUGCUAUCACUGUAUCACUUUCUGAGAUGUUUGCCAAGAAACAUGGCUACACGGUCAAAGCCAAUCAGGAAAUGUAUGCCAUUGGCUUUUGCAAUAUCAUCCCCUCCUUCUUCCACUGCUUUACUACCAGCGCAGCUCUUGCAAAGACCUUGGUUAAAGAAUCAACAGGCUGCCAAACUCAGCUUUCUGGUGUGGUGACAGCCUUGGUUCUUUUGUUGGUCCUCCUGGUAAUAGCUCCUUUAUUCUAUUCCCUUCAGAAAAGUGUCCUUGGUGUAAUCACCAUUGUAAAUCUCCGGGGAGCCCUACGCAAAUUUAAGGAUCUGCCCAACAUGUGGAAGGUUAGCAGAAUGGAUACAGUUAUCUGGUUUGUUACCAUGCUGUCCUCUGCACUGAUAAGUACUGAAAUAGGCCUGCUAAUUGGGGUUUGUUUUUCUAUGUUUUGUGUCAUUCUCCGCACUCAGAAGCCAAAGACUUCAUUGCUUGGUUUGGUGGAAGAGUCUGAAAUCUUUGAAUCCGUGUCUGCUUAUAAAAAUCUUCAGACUAAGCCGGGCAUCAAGAUAUUCCGUUUUGUAGCCCCUCUCUACUACAUAAACAAAGAAUGUUUUAAAUCUGCUUUAUACAAAAAAACUCUCAACCCAGUCUUAGUAAAGGCAGCUCAGAAGAAGGCCGCAAAGAGAAAGAUCACAAAGGAAACAGUGAUUCUCAGUGGAAUCCAGGACGAAGUUUCAGUGCAACUUUCCUGUGAUCCCUUGGAGCUUCAUACCAUAGUGAUUGACUGCAGCACAAUACAGUUUUUAGAUACAGCAGGGAUCCAUACACUGAAAGAAGUUCGUAGAGAUUAUGAAGCCAUUGGCAUCCAGGUUCUGCUGGCUCAAUGCAAUCCCUCUGUGAGGGAUUCCCUGGCCUCCGGAGAGUAUUUCAAAGAGGAAGAAGGAAACCUUCUCUUUUAUAGUGUGUAUGAAGCAGUGGCCUUUGCAGAAUAUCAGAAUCAGAAAGGAGUAUGUAUUCCCAAUGGUCUGAGCCUUUCCAGUGAUUGACUGAGAAAGUGGAUGGAAAGGAGAAUGAUGUCCAGCCAGUAGGUUAAGGUUUGAAGUAUAUAACAUUUUCUAGUUCCACAGUGGAAACUGUUGCACUUGAAAUUUUAACCUGGGACGCCUGGGUGGCUCAGUCGGUUAAGCAUCUGCCUUCGGCUCAGGUCAUGAUCCCAGGGUGUGGGAUCGA